AUGGAAUGCAACGGGGAGACAAAAAAACCAUUGUGUAAUUGGCCAAUGUUGAAACUAAAAAUACGCCAGGAACCAACAACAGAAGUUUUAUGUUGGUUGAAUAUGGUUACAGAAGUAGAAUUAAGAGAUGAUGAAGAAUUUGAAGAUAUAUUUGUGGAAUUUACAUCCAUUGAUGAAUGCCAAAAGGCUCAACAAACAUUAACAGGCCGAAAAUUUGCUAACUCAUCCAGUCGCAAUAGGUGA